AUGCCCUAUCCGCAGGCCGUGAUGUCUUCCCCCAACUCCCAUUUCCACGACGGGUCUCCCGUCACGCUCGGUUCUCCCACCCAACGACGCCCGGGUUCCAGGCAACGCUUCGUCGCAGAUCUGUCGCAAUGCCUGUUCGACUUCGUGGUUCAGCUUCUCCCCACCCAGGAGGAGCUUGCAGUAAAAGAAGACGUUCGCAAAUUGUUGGAGAGACUCAUUCGAACCAUAGAACCUGAAAGCCGUCUGCUGUCGUUCGGAAGCACGGCCAACGGGUUCAGUUUGCGCAAUUCUGACAUGGACCUGUGCUGUUUGAUUGACUCUGAGGAACGGCUAGCUGCCUCCGAUCUUGUUACCAUGUUGGGUGAUCUACUGGAAAGAGAAACCAAGUUUUACGUCAAAUCACUUCCGCAUGCUCGGAUACCAAUAGUGAAACUUUCACUAGACCCGUCGCCGGGCCUGCCGCUUGGCAUAGCAUGCGACAUCGGCUUUGAGAACCGACUUGCUCUGGAAAACACACGAUUAUUGAUGUGCUACGCAAUGAUCGAUCCCGCUCGCGUGAGGACGAUGGUGUUAUUCCUCAAAGUUUGGAGCAAACGACGGAAAAUCAACUCUCCAUAUAAGGGCACGCUAUCGUCGUAUGGCUAUGUCUUACUGGUCAUCUAUUUCUUGGUCCACGUCAAGAAUCCUCCGGUGCUUCCAAACCUUCAGCAGAUGCCUCCCCUACGACCGAUAUCCGAAGAAGAUACUCACCUGCAUGGGCAUAACAUCUGGUUCUUCGACGAUAUCGAACUCUUACGUCAACGCUGGCAUUCAGACAACAACGAGUCUGUCGCUGACUUGCUAAUAGAUUUCUUUCGUUAUUAUUCUCGCGAUUUCCCAUAUAACACGGGAGUCGCCUCGAUUCGUUCUGGGUUGCUGAAGAAAGAUUCAAAGGGAUGGCAGAAUGACCUGUCCAAUCAAAGAUACAACGAUGCCCGCGAGCGGAAUCGUCUAUGUAUAGAGGAUCCAUUUGAGACGGACUUCAAUGUUGGGCGAUGUGUGACCAAAGACGGGCUGUACACAAUUCGUGGGGAGUUUAUGCGUGCUUCCCGAAUCCUGGCGUCCAGGCCCGAGCGAGCGAUUGUUGCACUUGCUGAACUGUGUGAAGAACGGGCAGACGACCAUCUCAUCUCACCGCCCGUGCCUCCGAGGGCCCCGCCCCCUCAGACGCCAUACACCGUUGGAAGCAGCUCCAUGCGACCGAAGGGCGUUCAGACUGAUAAGCUUUCCCCUCCUAUGCAAUUCUUUGAACCGGGAUCACGAGCACGCGGUGCUACGCAUGUCCCCUCGCGUUCACCGCCAGAGCACAUGGCGCCGAAGCGUAGCAAAUGGACAAGUCCUCCGCCUGCGGAGGCGUCGUCUGACAUUCACAACUCGUUCGAGAGCCAGUUGGGCAGAGGUAUCGAACUAGCAACUGCUGCAAGCAUCGCUCGUGAAAGACUCCUGGGUGAUGCAGCCUCAUCCUCGAGCAAUAGUGACAUUGGCAUUGAUGAAGAGCCCGAAGCUCCGGAGUCUGACGAUGUGCAAUCUGUUCGAUCAUAUACCGAGGGAACCUCCCCCCAGCUCCAAACUGUCCAACGACGACCAUCGUGGCAUGUUAAUGAUUCUCCGGACUAUAUUCCACGAUAUGGCUCACGUCGACUGCCCCGUCAAAUCCCUGAUCAAAGAAUUGACAAGCAACCUCCAUUGCAGAAUGCCUCUCCUGACCUCCAUGCCUUGUCUGCUAAGGCUGAGCUUGCCAGACGGUCGAUAUCCGGUGCACCUCGCCCGCUUAGGAGCAACUGGUCAUCCCCAGUGAAUACUCCCCCCUUAUCACCAGACUCGCCCUCAAGUCCCCGCCUUCGAUUUACUGAACCAUCUACUGUAUAUUAUCAGACCACCGUCACACGCUCACCUCGUCCCACUGUGCUAUACCCGAAUUCUGGAUCUCAUCCGUCGUUCUUGUCUCAAUACCAACAAAACCAAAGUUAUGUACAUAGCUCAAAUCAUCACCCACCACAAGAUAUCUUUUCAAUGGAUCAUCCACCGUUGCUGUCGCGGAUGAACUCGCGCGGAGGACAAGGAGAGACCGCAGGCUGGUCUUCUGGCGGCCCUGAUACCCCGACACCGACCAAUAUAAUACAUUCGCAUGCCCCCCUUUCGCAGCUUUCCCGGCACUCCCAUUCACAUUCUAAUGCAACCAUCAUUGCUCCCACACCGCCACCCAUAUCAUCUACCUCCUUAGCAUCUCAUUCUACUAAUGCUUGUACGCCCCCACCGUCUCAGACACGGUCUAGAUCCAGGUCGCGCUCUCGCUCGCCGCCUAUGUUACUCACUCCCCCAUCAGCCCUCCCUAUCAUCUCGCCCGCAGACAACGAAGCAAACCCGUGCUCCGUUCCUCUGCUCUUGCAUCAAGGCGCUGACUCGCCAACGUCGUCUUCCGCCGGAUAUGACACGUCCCUGUCCCAAUCGCCAUCGCCCUCCCCGUCCCCGUCCCCACCUCCGACGACCGCACGCUCGAUAUGUGGCGAUAGUUGCGUAUCCAAAUGUACUUCAUCGCCGUCCCCAGUCGAUCCAGUCAUCACCUUGCCCCUGCUCGGCUCUCAUCUUCAAUCGCCUGUCGACGAAGCUCUGGACGAACAAAUAUAG